CAGCGUCACAAACUCAGGAAGAGAACAGACGCUCGGAUCGAGCAGAGCAGAGCGAUCGGCGGUGGCCUCUUGGGAUACCUGUGACAACAGAGAUUCUGAGCAGCAAUGAACGCCAGCCCCCCUGCAGGAAGUGCCCUCGCCCCUGGCGCGGCAGCUGGCCCCACCACCCCCAAGAAGGGGCCGCCCAAGUUCAAGCAGAGGCAGACUCGCACAUUCAAGAGCAAGGCCCCUAAACCGGGGCAAAAGGGCUUCGGUGACGACAUCCCCGGCAUGGAGGGUCUCGGCACAGACAUUACAGUGGUUUGCCCAUGGGAAGCCUUUGGCGACAUGGAGCUCAGCGACUUGGCCAAAUACGGAAUCAUUUAA